UGGGCCCACUAGAUUUCGCGCGAAGUACAAACUAGUCGCUCGCUGUUACCAUCACGAUGCUAUUAUUCACAUCUUCUCUCUUGUUCUAUUUCUUUUUAUUCGGUAUAUCAACAUGUGCGCCAUUUCUUAAACCAAGCAACGAGGCAACCACUGGCUGGGUGUCAGACCCCAAUGGACGAGUUACAUUUUCCCUCGUCGUUUCUUGUCUAUUGACAUUAUCACUUUGUGUUUGGUCGGCAAUGCAUCUUAAUAUUCCAAGACCUUAUCAUCUUACGAUUCAAGAGUUUAUAAGAGGAAUCAAAUGGGGUGUUGUAGGUAUUUUUACUCCAGAGUUGGUGGUUUUUGCGGCUUGGAGACAGUAUAAUUCUGCAACUGCUUUGAAAGCUUUGGUUCAAGAUAGAAUUGCUGAGGCUGUGACGCCGUUUCCGACUGAACAGUCUCAUACAAAAUCCUCAGAGCUUGACAAGAAAUCGACCAGAGUUGAAUUACAAGAUAUAAUUUCACCAUGGACCAUCGUUCAUGGUUUUUACGCCGGCAUGGGUGGAUUUGUUUUCGAUUUUGAAAAUUCCGAGGACAAUACCCCUCAAUUUAUCCCCAAUUAUCAACGUCUAACGCUUACUGCGUGUGGUGUCAACCUACUUGCAGAAUGCGGCUACCUUCCAGACAUAACCAGACGCGAAAUAUUGGAUAAAAGCAAAGCAGAUACCAUGGCGAAACUCCUCGUUAUUCUUCAAGCUGGAUGGAUGCUAGUACAAGUUAUUGGACGACUUGUUACUGGGCUCCCAGUCACCUUUUUGGAAGGAGAUUGGGUCAGGCCUUUGUGUGCGUAUAUGUAUAUGAGUAGUCAGAUCAGUGGACAUGAUAGCAAACAUCCUGGCAUUCUCAAAAGAUCGUGGAAGGACUCUGAACUUUCCAGGUUUGCAUAUGUACCUCCGAUGGCGUCUGAUGGACUUCAGGAGGGACUCAAAAUCCAGAGAACGCCCUCUAGCCUCAUCCCAGAGAAAUCUCAUACCUUUGAAAUCAAUGCAGCAACUACCGAAUUAUAUGAAUCAGCGCAAAUAUCUACAUUUGGAUUCUUUGUCCCGUCAAGAUCAGACCUAAACGCCAACGGUUCUUCCAAACGAGAUCCCGAUCAAACAGAAAAUACUAAAUACCUACUUAACGCUAGUCUCGAGCAACAUACCCUCUCUCUCUCCGCGGGCAACUGGCCCGGUGAAGAUCUUCUCCGUAGCACUGGUGGUCUCGUGAUGGGUAUGACAUUAUGGCUAGCCAGCAUUGCGUUCGGAGCCGUGCAUGCAGCGGCCUGGUAUGAUUAUUUUCCCUCCUGCUUCGAACAAUGGAUGUGGAGAGCCAGCGCUGUAUAUAUUGCUUUUUCUGGAAUAUCAUGGUUAUGUAUCAAUGGGCUUGCUCGAGCUAUCAAGCCCGUCGAUCAGUUCUGGGAUCGUUUUCUAGCUUUGAAAGAAGAUUGGUGUAGUUUUUUGGUGAUUGGGUUUUUGUGUACAGUCUGUGGUAUCUCAUAUGUGGUUGCGAGAAUUUACUUGGUGGUCGAGGCGUUUAUUAGUAUCAGGAAGUUGCCUGUUGGCGCGUAUGGGACGCCGGAUUGGACAACGGUUGUCCCGCAUUUGUAG